AUGGCUUUGGUAGCUGUGAAACCAGAGUUGACAACAUUAUCGGAUGAUGAACCCCUGGAUCCAGGGGUUGCCCAGCCACCUCCUUUGCAGUUGGCUCCAGUUGAGAAGAAGAAAACAAAAAACAAUCCCUGUGCCGUUCAGAUUAGAGGGCGGUUGGGCAAGCUGCUGAAUUUCCAAUGCACGUGUGCCCGUCAAGCAAAGGGAGGGGCUUCUCAGAGUUGCUUCAAACAGUUUCAGGAUGACAUCGAAUCUGUAUUUCAGCUCGUGUGGAAAUUGCGAAAUUUGGACAAACAGGACAUGGACAAUGAGGUGGUGCGGAUUCUCCAGAACACUCCCGACCAGGUGGCCACAUCUCGCAAGAGACAUUUGCUGUUGGGCAAGGCAGUUUGUCAACAGGCUAUCCGGAGAUUACUUCAGAUUGGAAGCGAUCGCUGCUCCAGACUUAGGAAGUGUGCUCAGACUGGAGCAACUGCUCCUUUGGACGGCCGGCGGACGAAGCGUGCGUCCAUUUGCAAAAACAAAGUUUCAGAGCUGAAACGGGCCACCAUCGUUGAAUAUCUCACUGAGCUCUUCCAGCAGGUGUCAGAGCCAAUGCCGGAAGCGAAUCAGUCACUGCACAAAAUGAAGACGGGUGAAAUUGCCAUGCUGGUCACGGAUUCGACUGAGGCUGCGUCAAGCAAGGAUUCUGCCAGUGCCAAGAAGAAGCCGAUGAGAUUCAGACGGAACCGUGGGCGUCGCCCGAGACUUGCCGGUCAAGUUCAUCGAGGCGCUUGCCAGUCUACUAUCAGACUCCUUCCGCCUGGAAGCUACACAGAUUACUUGUCAAUGCUGCGAGCGCGACACCCCACAAUGAACAUUAGCCUCAAGUUGUUCUUGAAAGCAGCUUGGCUGCGAAUGAUGGUAUGGGGUGUGACCUUUGGCAACCGCCUUGCCAUUCGCGCUCCCACCCAACAUGCUCAGUGCAGCAUUUGCGUCCGCCACAAGAGGUUCAUUGCCCAAGUGACUUUGUUCGGCUGCUCGAAGGAUGGCUUUCUGCGUUCCUUUCUUCAUGUGGCUUUCCUGGAGGCGCACCUAAGGGGCAUCACAGGAGAAGUUGCAUCGCAGAUCCGCCUUCCAAAACUUUGGAAGAAGGCAAGCCUUCCAGCAGACGACGACGAUGUCAUCAUGAGGACACCCAGAUUUGUUGGUGAUGAUCGCCCUGUGGAUGCCAAAGUUUCUGAAGGCUACAGCAAAUUGGCACAUAUGCUUCGUCACUUGGAUCAGCAGCACGUGCUGGCAUAG